GAACGGGCAGCACGUGAAUUUUCCCGCGCUUGCCACACGCGCGCGCGUCACCCUCACCUUGGUGUGGGCCUUGACAAUAGGAAAAUAGAUAUUCUUCGUUUCCCAAAGUCAUAGAGAGAGUGAGAAGGACUGGGGCAGCGCUCCGUCUCACACGCGUCUUCUCGGCUGCAGGCAACAUCUUCGUUAUCUUUUACAGAUGAUCAGUAGAACAAGAUGACAAUAGACAUAAUGGAAUCCAACUCUCCAUCACGAGUUCAGCAAUAUAUUACUACGGCAUCAGCGACCAUGGGAGCCUUAGCUCUUGGGUCAGUUAUAGGCUUCACUACGCAUUGUGUCGCCCAACUGACCGCUGAAGACCCGCCCACCUCGAGCUCCGACCUGCGUAUAACCCCGACCGAAGCCAGUUGGUUCGCAUCGUCUGCUAACUUGGGGGCGGUUGUGGGAGGUGUGAUUGGUGGGUUGGCAGCCAAUCACAUCGGUAGACGUGGCACACUCCUUGUCGUGGCUCCGCCCUUCAUCGUGGCCUGGUUGAUGAUUGCCUUAGCCUACAAUUUCGCACUGUUGAUGGCCGGCCGCGUGUUAACAGGGGUCUGUUUGGGUAUUGUGAGUUCCGUUGCUCCUCCUUAUAUAGGGGAAUUCGCUUCUGCUAACAUACGGGGUGCUUUAGGCAGUAGUUUUCAAGUGAUGUUGACAACAGGAAUCCUCUAUGCUUUCUUCUUGGGCGCAGUGGUUGGCAAUUGGAGAUUACAAGCAUUCUUAUGCAUGCUUCCGCCGGGAUAUGAUCUUCAAACUAGUUCCACCUCAGUUAUUUAUGUAGACUUUGAUUCACCCUUGUCGAGAUAA